CAAACCAUGAACCUAGCCCUUAUUCCUGGCUCGUCCAUAAACCCGCCAACGCACGGACUAAAGCCUUCGCAUCACACUUCCUCCCUCCGUGACAGCUCGUCCCAUCGCGCUACCAGGAGCGUUUUAGCCAUGACGUCUAACCAGCAAAGGCGCAAGAAGCGGCAGCAGCAGCAGAAGCAGCCGGGGCACACGGAGGCGGCGCAAGCCGUCGGGGGAGUGGAGGCGGCGGAACGGACGGGGGGAGAGUUGGUGGAGCAGCAGCCCGCGGCGGAGCCGAUGGAGACCAGCGGGGCUGCGCAAGAAGCGCACGAGGGGGAGCACGCGCCGGGAGGCGGGGGAGGCGGAGCGUCGUCGGGGGAUAAGGAGCUUACGAGCGCCGAUUAUUACUUCGACUCUUACGCCCACUUCGGUAUUCACGAGGAGAUGCUCAAGGACUCGGUGCGCACCAAGACGUACGAGGCGGCGAUAUGCGGCAGCGCGUUUCUGUUCAAGGACAAGGUCGUCAUGGACGUGGGCGCGGGCACGGGCAUCUUGUCGCUCUUCGCCGCCAAGGCGGGCGCCAAGAAGGUGUACGCGAUGGAGUGCUCAGAGAUCGCGGAAUGCGCGCGUGAAAUCGUUGCAGCCAAUCACAUGAGCCACAUAAUUACGGUGAUUAAGGGCAAGGUGGAGGACGUGGAACUGCCGGAGGGCGAGAAGGUGGAUGUGAUUAUAUCGGAGUGGAUGGGGUACUUCCUGCUGUACGAGUCCAUGCUUGAUACAGUGCUCUUCGCCAGAGACAAGUGGCUGGGGGAUGGAGGCAUAGUUUUACCGGACCACUGUUCAUUGUACAUGGUUGCAAUCGAGGAUGCUGAGUACAAGCAGGAGAAGAUUCACUUCUGGCAGUCGGUGUAUGGGUUCGACAUGAGCUGCAUUCGAGACAAGGCCAUGUUGGAGCCUCUAGUCGACACGGUGGACGCCGAACAGAUCGUCACUAACGCGUGCUGUGUCAAGACGCUCAACAUCAGCAAGGUUACGAGGGGAGACCUGUCCUUCUCAGUGCCCUUCAAGCUCGUGGCAGAGAGGAACGACUUUGUGCAUGCGCUCGUGGCCUACUUCGAUGUCGGCUUCACCAAGUGCCACAAGCCCGUCGGCUUCUCCACAGGUCCCAAGAGCCGGUCCACGCAUUGGAAGCAGACAGUGCUAUACUUGGAAGACACGCUGACCAUGUGUCAAGGGGAGGCGGUUACCGGCACGAUGCAAGUGAAGCCCAACGCAAAGAACCCUCGCGAUCUAGACAUAUCCGUGACAUACUCGUUUGAUGGUCGCAGAGGUAAGGCGUCACGCACCCAGCAUUACCGCAUGAGGUGAUGAGGCAGUGCUAGCUCUCUAACCCUGGAUAAUAAUAAUGAUACGUGGGGCGGCGUAGUAUAUGAAGGAAAAAUAUGUUGGCUGUCAAGCUUGUGCUAGAAUAGCAAUCAAGAGGCCUGUUGAAGGGCGGAUUGUUGAAAGGCUAGGCAUAGGAAAGCAGCGAGAGGUUUUAGGCUAGGAGAAAUUUCCUGAGGAAAGUGUCGAGAUAAGAAGAGAGGCAUACAAGGAGGGAGUUGUGUUGAAGUAGGCGAAGGCCUAGUAGGAGCUAGGCGAAGAAGGCUUUCGAAGAUUUAGGUGCUAAGAAAGUUACGAGAGAAAAGAGGGUGAGAUAAGAAGAGGGAUACAAGGAGGGAGUCGUCCCCAAAGAGUUCUGUCAAAGCUGCCGCUGUCGCUGCUGGUGCCGCUGACCUUCCUUGUCGCUGCCGCUGCUGUCGUCACUCUUGCCGCUGAUGCCGUUGCUGCCACCCGUCGGGGGUGUCACCGCUUCGCACGAAGGGUAGAAGCCCCACCUGCUGCAGGACAUGGGGUUGCACGGGAUUGGUGUCAAACAUAUGUGUGUAUGCUUAGUAGACUACAUAGGGACAUGCUAUAGAGGGUCAGUCCCUAUUUUUCACGAGUAAAUUACUCUGAUUCUCUGAUUUUCAGAGUUGAUUUUGUGUACCACCCUUACGCCUCUGGGUAAAUUUUUUAGAUUUUAUGUUUUCUCUGAUAAGCCAGGGUUUUUUUUUGUACCACCCUGAGGGGUUUACUGUAAGGGGGAUACCCCCGUAUUUUCGUGUACCCCCCCUAUCCACAUACAUGCCCCCAUUUCCUCGCCUUGUUCACGCAGACCGCCGAGCUGGCCCACGUCAUAUGUUGCCAGACCCACCCUUGCUGGCAGAUAACCUUCUCUCCUAUUGGACACUAGUGUAUUUUUUACGCAGGUUUCGGCGCCACACCCGAGUUUACCACGUCGACUGUUGCCACACUUGUACUCGCUCUAUGGCUGGCCUGGGCGAUGCCGACGAUGGCGGGGAGGAUGAGGAUGACGCCCCACCCCCACGUAGCUCGACCCCACUCAGCGGUUUAGACUUUUUGCGUCGCACAAAUGCCUCCCCAGUAGACCCUCCUCCGUUCCCGAAGCGUCGACUUACCGCCCCCCCAGUAGAGCCUCUGCCGCUCCCGAGUCUAAGCAGCGACGAAUGGGAGCGUGAAAUGGAAGAGGCGGAUCUGUCGGUUGACAAGCCGGCAGAUCCUCCACCUCCGGAUCCUGUGCCCUCGUCGCCGGCAUCUGCAUCAACAUCGUCGGCUAAGAAGAGACGACGAUACCAGCAGAGACAUCUGCCCUUCGCGCCUCCUCCCAAGAUAACGCCGCCAGCAACCCCUGCCCCCGUCGUUGAAGCAGAGCGACCCCUCGCACCAACGUCGGCCGAGAUGAAGGCCAAAGCUUAUCUUGCUGCUCAGAAGAAAUAUACCUCAGAUUG